AUGGCCGUCGGCAAAGAGAAAAAGAAUUGCCGAGUUAUCUUGUGGUAUCGCACCAGUGGAGGUCCGCGCGAAAUCUCAAUGGGAUUUUGUCCUCGAAGAAUGGCAUGGCUAGCAAAUGAUUUUGCGCAGGAGCACCUUUGGAAGAUGACUGCUGCCGCACAAAUUUGCCAUCGAGUUGCUUUGACUUCUCAGUUAAGAUUUGAGGAACAGAUUCAGGACAGAAAGCUGAGAAAUAUAGCUUCAAUCCUAUCUAAUGCUAUCUUGCAAUUUUGGAGUUCUGUGGAGGUUCAUGGGGAGCUGGAGGAGACAAGCUUGGGAAUUGAUAAGGAGCCGUGCCAAGAAUCUAGUUGUGAGAAUGGCAGAAAAUGUUUAGCUGCGGGUGUCCAGGAGUAUGCAAGUAGAUUUUUGAAGUAUAACAACUCUUCUAUUCCCUAUCAUUCAGCUGCACCGUCAACAUCCCACAAUAUGUGUGACCCAGAAAUAUUGGAUAGAUCUUUGGUUGAUCAGCUUACAGAAGAAAGCCUCUUUUAUUCAGUUCCAUCUGGUGCAAUGAAGGUGUACCACACGUCCAUUGAGACUCAUCUCGCACGCUUAUUUCUCUGUUCCCAGAAGUCUGGAAAUAGCAUGCAGGAGGAGGUUUAUACAUCAGCCUAUGAUGCUGCUGGAGAUAUAGAAUAUGAUGUCACUGCCUUCGAUGAGGAUGAAGGAGAAACAAGUACCUAUUAUCUUCCUGGAGCUUUCGAAAGUAGCAAAUCAUUUAACCUAAGCCACAAAAAACGGAAGAAUUUGAUGAAGUCUCAUUCUGCCCGGUCAUAUGAUCUUGGAGCUGAUUUAUCAUACGUCAACUACACAGGUGGGUCUAACUCAUUGAAUUUGAUGGCAAAAAGGCCUGCCAGUAAUAACARUGUUGGCUCAGUUCCGACGAGGCGCRUGCGCACUGCCUCCAGGCAGAGGAUUGUGAGUCCUUUUGGCUGUGCUACUGCUGGGAGUUUACCAGUGCCCUCAAAAACAGAUGCGUCUAGUGGGGAUACUAGCUCUUUUCAGGAUGAACAAAGUAGUUUGCAUGGUGGAUCGGCAGUUCAAAAAGGCACAGAGGUUGAUUYAAGUGGUAAUUUUGAGAAGCAGUUACUUUAUGACAUGACUGAAAUUUCAGCAAAACCUAAAAAGAAGAAGAAGACUCAUCUGGGAUCUGCAUAUGACCAAAUCUGGCAUCUUGAUUCGUCAGUCCAUGCUGAACAGGGAAAGCACGCCAGAGUUCAGAAGGACCACUGGAAGAAGCGAGCAGAGAAUCAUUUCAAUAUGAAUGUUCUUCAGCGGUUGGGGGAAGCCUCAGCCUCACUUUUCCUUUAUAAAUCAAUGAAAGAUUUCGUUCUUGAACCAACCAACCCAAAUGGAACCAAGAAGAAAGACAUCUGUUCUUAA